GUAAAAGUAAAAUCAAAUCACGAAUUGUAUGCUAUAAUUGUUUAUGAAAUUAUUAUUUAUUAACUAGUUAUUGUUUUAAAACUUGUUUUGAAAAGUUUUUGUUACUAGUGAUUAACAAAAAGAUUUUUUUAUCAUGAAGUUUGCAUUAAUAAAAUUUAAUAAGUAUUUUAUAAUAAUUGCUACUUUUAUACUAUUUGCACUUUCGCCAAUCAAUGGUCAACAGUAUACUCAAUACAGCUGCGACUACAACCGCUACCAACUCUGCCAGUCGGACAUACAGACUAGCAUACAGGUGCUUAGGGACAGCCAGUCCGGUGCCCCAUAUAGUGGUCAAGUAAGCAACUACCGGACAGUGAAUACCGGUGAAAUACAGUCCCGAUGCAACGCCGUUCGCAAUAGUCUGGACUGUCUACUGACGUAUACACCGCUAUGUAUGUCCAAUAGUGGGUCGUUGUAUGGGUCCUACGGGUCGGGUAGUUAUGUGAGCGUCAAUAGCAAUGACUACCAACGGAACUACGCCCGGGAUAUCAUAAUUCGUGGCAGAAAUAUACUGGAGAGCUAUUGCGAAAGGGAUGGUGGAGGUAGUUGGAAACACACGGCCUGUUUCCAGAGGCCAGAGGUGCGGGAGUGUGAGGCCAGGUAUGGGUUUCACUACAACGCCCCCUCAGCCACGGGCUCCACGUGUCGUAAUUACCAGGAGUUCCGCGAUUGUGUCACUCGUAUAGUCCAACAGUCGUGUUAUCCGCACGACUCGCAACAGACGGCCACUUACCUCAUCGACAAGGCCUCGGAGCUGAGCUGGACGUGCGAUGUGAGUCGACCCACGGGGGACAGGUAUGGCGAUAACCAGUGGGGCUAUCAGCGGGGUAAUUAUGAUAGUCGAUACGACUCCGACUACCAGUGCGCCGAGAAGUCCGGCUUUUAUGUACGUAAUUGCGAGGAUAUACUACUCCAGAGGCAACGGGAUGUCAGGGAUAGUAGUCGUGGACUGGUGCAAUACCGUGAAUGUUUGGGUCGGGUGGUGGAGGAUAUAUGCCGUAUGCCAUCCACUACAGCCGUAGACAUAUUGAUGGGUCCCCGGAAGUGGGACGCGUCGGUCACGUGUCGCGAGUAUACUACCCGUCAGUGUUCGCACUCGUAUUCACCCAAAACAUCGUACAUCUCAGUAGUCGUUAGCAUUUUCGCUGCAAUAUUACUCAACUCAAAACGGUUCUAG